AUGAGCGGUAAAUUCAGUGUGUUUAUUGGCUCAAAGUGUGACCACAUUUCUCUCAAGCGCUCGAGCUACAACCAUGAUAAGAAGAAAAACUUUCGACUGGAUAAAGGCGCUACUAUCAGCGACAAGCAACAGGAGAUCAUUCUUCAAGCGAACAAGGAUGCUGAGAAUGCAGAGGUGAAGAAAGAGGCCCAGAAGAACAGUCAUAGGAUCCUGGUAAAAUGCGUCAUCGAUCCGAAUAACGUGGACGCAGAAAAGGCAAAGAUGGACCUUGAAGCUUCCUUCAAGGAAAACAACUGA